AUGGGCUUCUUCACAGUCGUCAAAUUGAUGAUGGUCUUGUUCAACUUGCUUAUCUUUUUGGGCGGCUUGACCUUGCUGGCUAUGGGGAUCUGGGUGAGCGUGGAUGGGGGCUCCUUCCUCCAGCUGCUGGGGCCUUUCUCCAGCCAAGGCAUGCAGUUUGUCAACGUUGGCUUUUUCUGCAUCGCCAUCGGUGCCGUGCUGGUCCUGAUGGGGUUCCUGGGCUGCUGUGGGGCCCGCAAGGACAGCAAGUGUCUGCUUCUCACGUUCUUCUCCAUCAUCCUCAUCAUAUUCAUCGCUGAAGUGGCAGCUGGAGUCGUGGCGUUGGCCUACUCUUCAUUUGCUGAGGGGAUCAUCAGAGCGUGGGUGACCCCUGCUUUACAGAAAGACUACGGCAGCGAUCCUGUGGUCACAAAGAUCUGGAACACCACCAUGACAGAGCUGAAGUGCUGCGGUUUCAACAACUACACAGACUUUGUGGGCUCUAAGUUUGAAGAGGAGAACGGAGGUAGUCUACCCCCCACCUGCUGUUGGAUUUACAGUGCCCCCUGCAGCAGCAUCGAGGCAGAGCGCAGCGAUGUGCAG